CGACGCAUCACUCUCUCUCUCUCUCUCUAAUUCAUUCCGCCUUUUUGGUUUUUGCUCUGUUCUUUCUCUCUCUUUCAUUUGCCAAAAAUAGAAAAUAAAAUAAAACAUUCACCGCCACCGUCGUCGCUACCGGAACAAACACCACCGCUGCCGUGCGCUAUCCGUCUCCGUGUUAAUGAAAUUGGAGUAGAGCGGUGUCGUUUAAGUAUUUAUUUUAACGAAAUUGAAAGUAAAAUGGCGAUUGAGGAGGAUUUAGAGAGCUGCGGAAGCAGAGCUAUAGGAGCGGAAUCAUACACGUCACAAACAGGGAAUAAUCCACGUCAGCAUAUGCAGAAGCUGGAAGUGUACAACGAAGUUCUUAGACGAAUUCAAGAGUUCAAUUUUGAAGAAGCUAAUCUUCCUGGCUUUGAUGAUCAGCUUUGGCUCCAUUUUAAUCGCUUACCUGCCAGAUAUGCGUUGGAUGUGAAUGUGGAGAGAGCAGAAGAUGUACUUACGCAUAAAAGAUUGUUGCAAUUAGCUGAAGAAGAUCCUUCCAAUGGACUUGCAUUUGAUGUUCGCCUUGUUCAGGUCUAUCCUAUUACCAAUGGAAUGUCUAUUGAUUCUGCUCAUUCAGAUAAUGCAAUGAAAGAAGAUGCCCAAAGUUCUUAUCUUUCAAAUAAACAAGGCAUUCAUCCGCCCCCUACAUUUGGUUCAUCACCUAAUCUUGAAGCACUUGCAUUUCAAGCCAAUAGAUAUCACAUUGAAGAUGGGGAUAGUGCUGCCAAUUCAACAUCACACCUUACACGGCCUAUGCACGAGAUCACUUUUUCAACAGUCGACAGGCCAAAACUCCUUAGCGAGUUGACGUUUUUGCUUGCGGAAAUUGGAUUGAACAUUCAAGAAGCUCAUGCUUUUUCUACGGUUGAUGGGUAUUCUCUGGAUGUUUUUGUGGUUGAUGGCUGGCCUCGUGAGGAAACAGAGGAGCUUAGAAAUGCACUGGAAAAGGAAAUAUCCAAAUUUAAGGAGCAGUGUAGUUUUAAACAGACCUCUGUUUUUGCUAUGAGCAAGCAGAUCGAGACGAGGGCUGAAUCUUCUCCUGACCACAUCGAAAUACCUACAGAUGGAACUGAUGUUUGGGAAAUUGAUUCUAAUCAGUUGAGAAUUGAAAAUAAAGUUGCAUCUGGAUCAUAUGGAGAUCUGUACAAAGGCACAUAUUGUAGUCAGGAAGUGGCUAUCAAAUUCCUCAAGCCUGAGCGUGUCAGUAGUGAGAUGCUCAGAGAGUUUUCCCAAGAAGUUUACAUUAUGAGGAAAAUUCGACAUAAGAAUGUUGUGCAAUUUAUAGGUGCAUGCACCCGACCUCCAAACUUGUGCAUUGUGACUGAGUUCAUGGCUAGAGGAAGUUUAUAUGACUUUCUGCAUAAACACAAGGGUGUAUUUAAGCUUCCAUCUUUAAUCAAAGUAGCAACUGACGUGUCCAGGGGUAUGAAUUAUCUUCACCAAAAUAAUAUAAUCCACAGGGACCUGAAAACUGCCAACCUUCUGAUGGAUGAAAAUGAGGUUGUUAAGGUUGCCGAUUUCGGGGUUGCCAGAGUGCAAACUCAAUCGGGAGUAAUGACAGCUGAAACUGGAACAUAUCGCUGGAUGGCUCCUGAGGUCAUUGAACACAAACCAUACGAUCACAAGGCAGAUGUUUUCAGUUUCUCAAUAGUGUUAUGGGAGCUUCUAACAGGAGAACUUCCAUAUUCCUAUCUAACCCCAUUGCAAGCAGCAGUUGGCGUGGUGCAAAAGGGUCUGCGGCCGACAAUUCCCAAGCAAACCCAUCCAAAACUCACAGAACUGCUCGAGAAGUGCUGGCAGCAAGAUCCUGCUCAAAGACCUAACUUCUCUGAAAUUAUAGAAACUCUUCAGCAGAUAGCCAAAGAGGUUCCUAUUGAAAAGGAAGACCGCCGCAAGGAUAAAUCUGCGGGUGGCUUUUUUUCAGCACUCAUAAGGGGUCACCAUUAGUUAAGAGAAAGAGUGAGGAGACCAGCUGUUCAUGCAUCCAGGCAAUUUUCCAUUGUACAUUAAUUUUAAUUGUACAAGUGCUUUGCCCUAACACAUUUUUAACUUUGUGUUUUUACCUUUUUUCUUUUUCUUCAAUAAGUUCAUAGGGUUUUUGUUGUUUUCA